UUAGUGUUUUUUCAUACCACAACAAUUAAUCAAGAACAACAAUUAAAAACAUCUAAAAAAAUGGUGAAUUAUAUGUUACCAAAUACAUUACGACCCGAUCAUUAUGAUAUAUUAUUAAAACCGAAUUUAGUAACCGGUAAUUUUAGUGGUCGAAUUAAUAUUAAAUUUAAUGUGAUUCAUUCGACAAAUGAAAUUGUUUUACAUUCGAAGGGUUUAAAUAUACAUAGAAAUUCGAUUCGAAUAAAUGUUUUAAACAAAGGUGGUGUAUUAUCAACGGUUUCAUCGUUACAUCAAAAUGAAACAACGGAUAAAAAGGAUUCGAUAAAAAUAAUGAAUAUAAUUGAAACGCUUGAUGAUCGUGAAUUUUUGAACAUAGAAUUAAAUCAAGAAAUGUUAGAAGGUGAACAAUAUGAAGUGAUUAUGGAUUAUGAUGGUAUUAUGAAGAAUAAAAUUAAUGGGUUUUAUUGGAGUGAAUAUGUUAGUGAGAAAGGUGAAAAAAGGAGUAUUGCAACAUCGAAAUUUGAACCAACAUACGCACGUCAAGCGUUUCCAUGUUUUGAUGAGCCCAACAUGAAAGCGAAAUAUUCAGUAAAAUUAGUUCGUCCAACAUAUGAUAAUUAUAUUGCAUUAUCAAAUAUGGAUCAAAUUAAUGAAGAGCAAUAUAAUGAGAACGAAACAUUAGUUACAUUUAAAGAAAGCGUUCCCAUGUCAACAUAUCUAACAUGUUUUAUCGUUUGUGACUUUGCAUACACUGAACGAAUAAUACAACCGCCUAAAAAUUUAGGUGAACCAUUUCCAUUUCGAGUAUACGCCACACCAGCACAACGGAAUAAAACUGAAUUAGCUUUAGAAGUUGGUGCGAAAAUUAUUCAAUUUUAUAUUGAUUAUUUCCAAAUUAGUUAUCCAUUACCAAAAUUAGAUAUGGUAGCAAUACCUGAUUUUCCAUCGGGUGCAAUGGAAACAUGGGGUUUGGUGACAUUCCGUGAAACUGCUGUAUUGUAUAGUCCAAAUACAAGUUCCGUAUUAAAUAAGGAACGUGUUGCUACUGUUGUAGGCCAUGAAUUGGCUCAUAUGUGGUUUGGAAAUUUAGUUACAAUGAAAUGGUGGAACGAAUUAUGGUUAAACGAAGGUUUCGCAACAUAUAUUGAAUAUUUAGGAGUUGAUCAAGUUUUUAAGGAUUGGGAAAUGGAAAACCAAUUUAUUAUUGCCGAAUUACAUCGAGCUUUUGAAACCGAUGCAAAAUUAAGUUCACAUCCUAUUGUUGUAAAUGUAACAAAUCCCGAUGAAAUUACCGCAGUUUUCGAUGCAAUUUCCUACAGCAAGGGAGCAUCUUUAUUACGAAUGUUACGUAAUUUUGUUGGUAAUGAAGUAUUCCGUCAAGGUGUUACCAAAUAUUUAAAUAAAAAUUUAUAUGGAAGUGCAAAAUCAGAGGAUUUAUAUGAGGCAAUACAAGAACUUGUUGGGGAUCAAAUGAAUGUUAAAGAUAUUAUGUACACAUGGACUAAACAGAUGGGAUAUCCUGAAAUUAUUGUAGAAGUUGCAGAAAAUUCUACGGAUGUUUUAAAAAUCACACAAAAGCGAUUUUUAUUAAAUGCUGACGAUGUUUCUGAUAAAGAAGACUCCGUAUAUGGGUAUCGUUGGACAAUUCCUAUAACUUAUAUAACAAAUUUGGAUCCAGAACCAAAAUUAAAAUUUUUCCCAUAUAAUAAUGAUACAUUGAAAAUCCAACUGGAUCCAAACACAAAAUGGAUUAAAUUUAAUGUUAAUCAAAAUGGAUACUAUCGUGUGAACUACAAUAAGGAAUUGUGGUCAAAUUUAAUUGAUAAUUAUCAGAAUUUCAGUAUAGCUGAUCGAACAAGUUUAAUAAACGAUGCAUUUAAUUUAGCUUAUGCUAAACGCUUAGAUUAUGGAGUACCGUUAACAUUAUCACAAAAAUUAAUAAAUGAAAGUGAUGUAGUUCCGUGGAGAACUGCUUCAAGUGCGCUUUAUAGACUAAAAGAAUUACUUCAUGAUUCAGAAGUUUAUCCAAAAUACCAGCAAUUCGUCUUGCAAUUAUUGCAACCAUCUUUACAAAAAAUCAACUGGGAACCGGAAGAAAAUGAACCACAUUUACACAGACAUCUUCGUAUUUCAAUUUUAAAACUUGCAUGUGAAUUUGAAGAUCCACGUUGUUUAGAGGAAGCUGGACAACGAUUAAAGAGCUUUGUCGAAGAUAAACAAAAUGUUCCUCAUCAGGAUAUUCGAUCCGUUGUAUUUAACUAUGGAAUGUGGAGUGUGGGAACACAAAAAGAAUGGGAUAUCUUAUGGGAACGUUAUUUAUUAGAAGAUGAUGCUCAAGUCAAGGCUACUUAUCGAAAUGGUUUAGCUCAUGCUCGAAGUACAUCUUUACUUUCGAGGUACUUGACUUUAGCCUGGAAUCCACAAUAUGUUCGACGCCAAGAUUAUGUUACAACUUUAACAAGCAUUUCUGGAAAUCCUAUUGGAACUCAACUUGUGUGGGACUACGUAAGGGAUAACUGGGAUGCAAUUGUCAAAGAAUUUGGUUUAAAUGAUCGUUAUUUAGGUCGAAUGAUACCAGAUAUCACAGAAUCCUUCACUAAUGAACGUAAAUUAAAUGAGAUGAAAGAUUUCUUUGCUAAGUAUCCAAAUGCUGGGGCUGGUGCAUCAGCACGAAAACAAGCAAUUGAAAAUGUAAAAACAAAUAUUAAAUGGCUUGAACGAAAUUUAUUAGAUAUUAAAAAUUGGCUUGAUAAAAAUGUUAAAGUUUAA